AUGGAGGUAGACGGCGACGAGGGAAGUGGCUGGGACCAGCUCACAGGUGGGAGCUGGCACGGCUUGGGGCUUACAGACCCCAUAAAAAGCGUUGAAGACAAAUGGCUGCUUCUCCCCGCGUUUCUCAAGGUCAAAGGCUUGGUCAAGCAGCACAUCGAUAGUUUCAACUUUUUCUGCAACCAUGAUAUCAAGAACAUCGUCAAAGCUAAUAACAAGGUCACCUCCGAUGUGGACCCGCGUUUCUGGCUCAAGUACACCGACAUCAAUGUCGGUAUGCCAGACCGCAACGACGGCAGUUCCGUUGAACGCAAAGUCACGCCCCAUGAAUGCCGCCUCCGCGAUAUUACCUAUAGUGCCCCAAUUUCUGUCACCAUCCACUAUACGCGAGGGAAAAAUAUUGUCCAGCGAACGGUCAAUAUUGGGAGGCUGCCGAUAAUGCUCAGAAGUAGCAAGUGUUAUCUGACGGGGAGGACCCAUGCAGAGCUCGCGCGGAUGACAGAGUGCCCAUUGGACCCAGGAGGCUAUUUCGUUGUCAAAGGCACGGAAAAGGUCAUUCUAGUGCAGGAACAGCUCAGCAAGAAUCGCAUCAUCGUUGAGUUAGACACGGUCAAGAAUAUCGUUCAAGCCUCCUGUACCUCCUCUACCCAUGGCGGACUGAAAUCCAAGACUUAUGUUGCAACCAAAAAGGGCAGAAUAUAUCUCCGCCACAACUGUGUUCAUGAAGACAUCCCAAUCGUCAUAGCCCUCAAAGCAAUGGGUAUUCAAUCUGACAAGGAAAUUCUUCUCCUCACUGCGGGAACGACGGAAGCAUAUAAGGCCGCAUUUGCUGCUAAUCUGGAAGACGCUGCGAAACUUGGAGUAUUCACUCGGCAACAGGCACUUGAAUAUAUCGGCUCGCGGGUGAAAGUAAACCGCAAGGUUAUGGGACCACGGAGACCCGCCUGGGAAGAGGCACUUGAAGCUCUAGCGACUAUUGUGCUCGCCCAUGUCCCUGUCAAAGGGCUUGAUCUAAGAUCAAAGGCCAUCUUCGUUGCGACCAUGACGAGGAGAGUGCUUAUGGCUAUGGAGGACGAGAAAAUGGUUGAUGAUCGUGACUACGUAGGCAACAAGCGUCUUGAAUUAGCUGGACAGCUUCUCGCGCUGUUAUUUGAAGAUCUUUUCAAAACUUACAAUGCCAACCUUAAGACUGCCAUUGACAAGGUUCUCAAAAAGCAAUCGCGGACAAGUGAAUUCGACGCAUUCAACACCAUGCAGUUCCAAGGCGACCAUCUCACUUCCGGUUUUGUUCGCGCUAUCUCAACAGGCAAUUGGUCGUUGAAGCGGUUCAAAAUGGAGCGGGCAGGUGUGACGCAUGUACUUAGCCGCCUCAGCUUCAUCUCAGCUCUUGGGAUGAUGACCAGAAUAUCCUCACAAUUCGAAAAGACGCGCAAAGUCAGCGGUCCGCGUGCGCUCCAACCGAGUCAAUGGGGCAUGUUGUGUCCGAGCGAUACUCCAGAGGGCGAAGCGUGUGGAUUGGUAAAAAAUCUAGCCUUGAUGACGCACAUCACCACCGAUGUUGAAGAGCCGCCUAUCGUUCAGCUUGCCUUCAUGCUUGGAGUUGAAGACAUCAGCUUGGCUACUGGCACUGAGAUCUAUGGUCCACAUACAUUCGUGGUGAAUGUAAAUGGAACCAUCAUCGGUCUCACCCGUUAUCCCGCGCGUUUUGUUGCCCAGUUCCGACGUUUGCGGCGCGCUCGCCGUAUCAGCGAGUUCGUGAGCGUGUUCAUAAACCAUCACCACAAGGCGGUCCAUAUUGCCAGUGAUGGCGGUCGAAUCUGUCGGCCCAUGAUCAUCGUGGAAAAUGGGCGGCCUAGAGUUACCCCAGAACAUAUUGCUCUACUCAAAAAAGGCACUGUGGUAUUUGACGACUUUUUGCGCAAAGGGCUCGUGGAAUAUCUUGAUGUCAAUGAAGAGAAUGACGCUUAUAUUGCCUUAUACGAAGCCGACAUUGUCCCCGCAACAACUCAUCUGGAAAUUGAACCGUUCACAUUACUUGGUGCCGUUGCAGGCCUCAUUCCUUACCCACAUCAUAACCAAUCUCCGCGAAACACAUACCAAUGUGCGAUGGGUAAACAAGCGAUCGGUGCUAUCGGAUACAACCAACUAAAUCGUAUCGACACACUGCUAUACUUGUCCGUCUACCCGCAACAACCGAUGGUCAAGACCAAGACAAUUGAACUUGUCGGUUAUGACAAGCUCCCUGCGGGACAGAACGCAACAGUUGCUGUCAUGUCUUACUCUGGGUAUGAUAUCGAGGACGCCCUCAUCUUGAAUAAGGCCAGUUUAGAUCGCGGCUAUGGCCGAUGCCAGGUUUUGCGCAAGAAUGCGACCCUUAUCCGGAAGUAUCCCAACGGCACGUUUGAUCGUCUAGCAGACGCCCCAGUCGAUGAGAACACGGGCCAGAUAGCAAAGAAAUACGACAUCAUCCAAGCUGAUGGAUUGGCUGGUGUGGGAGAGCGCGUUGACCCGGGCGACGUCUACAUCAACAAGCAGACCCCGACCAACUCAACAGACAAUUCCUUCACUGGGCAGGCGGCAGCUGUUCCUUAUCGGAAUACCCCGAUGAGCUAUAAAUCACCCGUUGCAGGAAAUAUCGACAAGGUUCUAAUUAGCGACACAGAGAACGACCAAACACUCAUCAAAGUCCUCAUCCGUCAAACACGACGCCCAGAGCUAGGUGAUAAGUUUUCGUCGCGGCACGGGCAAAAGGGUGUGUGUGGGUUGAUUGUGAACCAAGAGGACAUGCCGUUCAAUGACCAAGGAAUCAACCCGGACACUAUCAUGAAUCCCCAUGGGUUCCCUUCUCGGAUGACCGUUGGAAAGAUGAUCGAGCUUCUUGCGGGAAAGGCCGGUGUCUUGAGCGGCAAACUACAAUACGGCACUGCUUUUGGUGGAUCCAAGGUUGAAGAUAUGAGCCGGAUCCUUGUCGAGAACGGGUUCAGUUACGCGGGCAAGGAUAUGCUGACAAGUGGCAUCACUGGCGAGCCACUCGAGGCCUACGUAUAUUUCGGACCUAUCUACUAUCAGAAACUGAAGCAUAUGGUUAUGGACAAAAUGCACGCUCGUGCCAGAGGGCCUCGGGCUACGUUAACUCGGCAACCUACCGAAGGUCGGUCUCGCGAAGGAGGACUGCGACUCGGUGAGAUGGAACGCGACUGUCUGAUUGGGUAUGGUGCUACGCAGUUAUUGCUGGAACGCUUGAUGAUUUCGUCCGACAAAUUCGAGGUCAAUGCGUGCAGCAAGUGUGGGUUGAUGGGCUAUAACGGGUGGUGCACUUAUUGCAAGAGCUCCAAGCAAAUGGCCCAACUCACCAUUCCGUAUGCAGCUAAACUGUUGUUCCAAGAGCUGAUGGCGAUGAAUGUUGUUCCCCGACUGAUACUUGACGAUGCUUGA